AUGGAGACAUUCAAAUCUCUUUUUGCGAAGCCUGAUCCCCAGGCCCAGAUGCGCAAGUGCAAUGCGUUGAUGAGGCAAAACAUCCGCAAGAUCGAUCGAGAUAUCCAGACUGUGAAACAAGUCGAGUACAAGACCAAGAACCUCAUCCUCCAAGCCGAUAAGCGAGCCCAGCGCGAUCCAUCCCGCGCCAAGCAAGCCCAACAAGAGGUUCGCGACUUUGCGCGUGAGCUCGUUCGCGCCCGAAAGACCUCAGCACGCCUCAUCACAUCCAAGGCGCAGCUCAACUCGGUGCAGAUGCAGGUACAGGAGGCCUUUGCUGUGCGAAAGAUUGAAGGAUCCAUUCGAGCGAGUGUCGGUAUUAUGAAGGAUGUCAACUCGCUUAUCCGUCUACCGGAACUGGCUGGUACCAUGCAAGAACUGAGUGUGGAGUUGAUGAAGGCGGGCAUCAUCGAGGAGAUGGUCGAGGACUCGCUUCCUGCUGAUGGUGAUAUGCUUAUGGAGGACGAGGAGGCCGACGGAGAGGUUGACAAAGUCUUGGGAGAGAUCCUCAAGGACCGCAAGCAGCCCACUCUCCCUGUGGCGCCUGUACCGGAGCCACAGAAACCCCAGGAGGAAGAGGAGGAGGAGGAAGAUCCAGAAGCUAUGAUGGACCAGAUGCGCAACCGGUUAGAGGCUCUUCGAAGUUAG